AUGAGUGUGACAAUCAUUUCUGGUUUCAUUUUGUGUCUCUCCAAAGACUCUGUGCUGCUGCCCCGGACUUUCUCCGGUCACUUUGUAAUGGUCACUGAUGAGCCCCCAGACUACCUUGACCUAUCUGCACUGGACUUGUUGAGUGACGACGGGGGCUCGGGCCAGGAGAUGGAGCAGCAGUCCGUUAAAACACAUGGCCACCACCACGGUCAGCAGCACCCCCCGAAAAAGCUCUAUUUUGUCUCGGAGGAAACCAAAGGAUUUCUCCAGGGUCGCCUGGCAACAAGCUUCGUCCCCACCAUUUACACCCUGGUCUUUAUUAUCAGUGUGCCCCUCAACCUUGUUGCCGUGGUGAUGUUUGUGCGUUACAUCCGUCCCAGGAAGCCGGCGGUGAUCUACAUGUUGAACCUGGCCUGUGCUGACCUGCUGUUUGGCCUUCUUCUUCCUUUCAAAAUUGCCUACCAUUACCAUGGUAACAACUGGAUUUACGGCUCCUUCCUAUGCACAGCUGUCACGGCAGCCUUCCACUGUAACAUGUACUGCUCCGUCCUGCUGGUCAUGUGCAUCGGCGUUGACCGCUUCCUCGCCGUGGUUUACCCCAUGAACUCUCUAACAUGGCGCAGCCCUCAGACGGCUUCAGCUGUGUGUGUGGCCAUGUGGCUCUUAUCCCUGGGAGGGGUGUCCCCCAUCCUGAUCUCGGAGCAGACCGUACACUUAUCAGACCUCAAAAUAACCACCUGUCAUGAUGUGCAGGAUGUGGAAAAGCUUCAGUCCUACUAUCUGUAUUUUUUCCCCAUCUACUCCUCCGUGUUCUUCUUCAUCCCGUUUAUCUUCACGGCGGUCUGCUACGUACGGAUCAUUCAGGCUCUGGCGGCGGCCAACGUGGAGAACCGCACCAAGAAGACCCGGGCCAUGGUGAUGACCGUCGUGGUGUUGCUGGUGUUUGCGGUCUGCUUCACGCCCACCAACAUCAUCCUGAUGAUUCACUACGUUGGGCUGGCUCACAGGUCCAGCGACAGCUCCUACCAAGCCUACCUGCUCUCCAUGUGCUUGGGCAGCAUCAGCUGCUGCCUGGACCCAGUCCUCUACUACUUUGGCUCCUCUCAGUGCAGGAAGCGGGUGGCAGUGCUGCUCAGGUGCGGGCGACUUGUACACGUGGGAAGCAGCUCGGAAACGCACAGCACACGAACAAAGGGAUCCACACACAGCACCCGAUCGUGCAAGAUGGAGGGCGAUCAGACUGCUCUGGGGAGUCAGUACAGCAGGCUGGUGGCCUGA